AUGACCAUGGUUUCCCAUGGAGCCGAAAGGCAGGCAAGUCUUUAAAAAUCCAUCUUGCCAGUUGAAGCAGUUCACAAGAUGAGUCACCAGCAGUAUCGAAGUCUGUUAAAGAACAUGUGCAUGCCUGUUGUGAGAGGUCCUGAGAACAGACAUGGCUUUGCCAGCUUUGAAGAGAAAAACAGUAUUUCUUUCCUUAAAUUUAAUCCAUUCACCCCUCCAGCAGGGCCGAACUACCUUUUAUUCCCACACCGGGAUGAUGUGCCUUUAGUGGAUCCCUGCUCAGGUUUGGUGAGUCCAGGAGCAGAUGCUGACCUGCAGCCCAAUGUUGGAAGAGCUAUUGAAUCCCUGGUGGACUAUAGUGAUGUGAAACCUCACCAGCAGAUCCCUGUCACAGCAAAGAGAGGCCAGUCCGCCCACAGGAGGCAAAUGAUCCUCCGGGAGGAAUCCAGCCAGAACACAAAGUGGAACUCCAGGGCUGUGCCAGCUGCUUCUGUCAGGGCACGGCUCACAGGUUGGAGAACUCCAGUGAAAAUUGCUCCAGCUCUACCUGACCAAAACCAUAUUUUUACAUUUUGUAUGGAUCCCAAUCUCAAGGAAUCAAGUGAUCCUUCUGCAAGGUGGAGAGAAGAAAAAACAAGAGGCUAUUUCUACAAGUCAAAUACUCGAAAAGCUUAUGAAGAAGUUCCUUGGGGCAAUAUAUUACGUUCCAAAAUCCAGCCUCCAGAAUCAGCAGUGAAAGUGUUGGCUGAUCCUGUUUCCCACUGUUUCACAAAAAGGAGAUACAAUCUUGAACCUGAAAUAAGCCAAGUCGGUAAUGUUGCCUUACAAGAAGUGUCUAAAUAUGGUUUUAGGUUUGUUGGAGGCUUCUGCGACAGAUUUCAGACAAGAUCUUUUACCUCUCCACGGAGACCUGUUGACUUUGUAAGCCGAAGCUCUCGAUCCUGUCAUAUCCCUUUGUAUACUGGCCGUGUUGGUGCAGUAAAUUUGGAAGACAUUGACAGUGCCGAUGUAGACUUAAUCCCACUUAACCAUGUACGAACUUCAAAGCCUCGCUACACAAGCACUGCACCCACUCCAAAGAUCCCUGGAUACACUGGCAAGGUUCAUUGGUCAGCAACCCACCCGGCAAAUUCUAAUCUUCCAUCAACAACCCCAUCAAUAAUUGCAUGAAUGCAUGGAUACGUAACAAAACGCGGAGGCUCGUCUCAGUAUAAUCACCAGGGACCUUUUUCUCAAAUGGUGACUCCGGUUAGUCCUCAGAAUUCUUUCGACAAGAGAGAUCGAAAAACUAUUACAGUUUAG